AUGACUCGCCCCCUGCAUCAGUCAUUUCCCUACUUUCCCCAGGUCACAGGAGUUCUGGAGGAGUUUGACCAUAGCUCUUCCUUGGCCAAUCUCAUGUCAAUCUACCAGGCAGCCAACAGGACAGCCUUCAACUGGACAGACAGUCGGAUUGUUGAGUGGGAGAAGUUUGCUGAGCUGGCCAAGUAUGAAGCAGAGUUCCAGAAGCCCACAGUGAAAGCUCUUCUAAUUGUGGCAUACUCAGUUAUCAUCAUCAUAUCCCUGUUUGGCAACAUGCUGGUCUGCCACGUGGUGAUCAAGAACAAGAGGAUGCACUCAGCCACCAGUCUCUUCAUUGUCAACCUGGCAGUGUCCGAUAUCAUGAUCACUCUGCUCAACACUCCUUUCACUCUGGUUCGGUUUGUGAACAGCACGUGGGUCUUUGGAAAGGCCAUGUGUCAUAUCAGCCGCUUCGUGCAGUACUGCUCUCUUCAUGUCUCCACACUCACCCUAACAGCCAUAGCUCUGGACAGACAUCAGGUUAUUCUGAACCCACUAAAACAAAGGAUGUCACUAACAAGAGGAGCGCUGAGCAUUUCUGUUAUCUGGCUGAUGGCAACCUGCUUCUCCCUGCCCCACGCAAUCUAUCAGAAGCUUUUCCAGUACAACUACCGGGAAGCUACUGUCCGGAGCUUGUGUCUUCCUGAUUUUCCUGAGCCUGCAGAACUGGUGUGGAAAUACUUGGACCUUUCCACCUUCCUCCUCCUCUACCUCUUGCCCCUUCUGAUCAUCACCAUCACCUACGCACACCUGGCCAAGAAGCUGUGGCUGCGCAAUGCCAUUGGAGACAUCACCACGCAGCAGUACAUCAUCCACCACAAGAACAAGAAGAAGAGUAUCAAGAUGCUGGUGUUGGUUGUGGUGGUUUUUGCUGUCUGCUGGUUCCCACUCAACUGUUAUGUAGUGCUCAUCUCCAGCCUUGGCAUCAAGACCAAAAACUCCCUCUAUUUUGCUCUGCACUGGUUUGCCAUGAGCAGCACUUGCUAUAACCCCUUCAUUUACUGCUGGCUGAACGAGAGCUUCCGCUCAGAGCUCAAGUCCUUACUCAGCAUGUGCCAGAAGGUCCCACAAACACAAGACAAUGUGUUGCCAGCUGUGAUCAUGGCCUAUCGAGAGGCAUGGAUCGAGCAAGCCAGGUACAAGCAGAGGCCUUCCUCACAGAGCAUUCGCUCCACCACAAAUGUGCAGACAGUCAACACAGAUUUGUGAGUUGGACAUUCAAGGAUGAAUGAAUUUUGCAACUCUGGUGGCAAGUGCCAUGUCAAGCAACACUCAGUGGAAGCACAGGAGAGAUCAAAGAGCAGAAUUACAUUUUUGAUCAUGGGGUUUGGAGAGGAGGGAAGAGAAUCUAAAAAGAUGCACCCAUUAGGAGGAGAAAUAAAUGGAAUAAAAAGAGCAAGAGAUUCCCUUCAAAAGUUCUCCUCACUUUGUCCCCUGAUUUUUUUGGACCUUUUCACAAAUCACAAUGAAACUAUUUAGAACUUUAUAAAAAUGUUUGACAGGAGCUGUGCAGGAAGCAGAUGUUUCUCCCUUUUAUUAUGACUUUAACCUUCACUUUCCAGUAAGAGUCUUGUGCUUGUCUGAAUUAUUGAUCUGUCCAGAUGUAAACUUUUUAUUUUUUCAAAAGCCAGCGAUGGAGAUUAAAGCAUCAGGAUCCCGUCUGUUCUGUGGAUUUACUGCAUCUCCUUGCUGUCAUGACUGUGUGAUGUUUCCUAGUUACCUCUUGGUGACUGGGGCAUAAUGGCAUGGAGCUUCUGGCACAGCAAGAACCCAGCUGAUGUUCAAAGUUCCUGGAAAUGUUUCCUCAUCAUUAGUCUGGGAUUUUUAGUUAAUAAAUAAAGUGUGUUCCUCGUUGGUCAAAUUGUGCA